UUUGAAGUACUAUUUCUAGUGAUUUUGACGAUGCUCAAGUCGUCAAUAUGCGGAAAUUCGGAGGAAAAGCGUGAAACUCGCCACAAGGUUGUAUAGUAACUACGGAGUUGGAGAUCUUUCUGCCCUCUGGUGGCUUAACUUGGAAUUUAUCCCUUGCAUCUGGGGAUAUUGUAAACAAACGAAACAAACAGACAGACAAAAAAAGCCGGUAGAGCAAAAGCAGGUGCAGCGUUCUCUUUUUCAAUAGAAUUUUCCAGAAUCAUCGACAUUUAUUUUCCUGAACGAAGUCGAUGUUGAUAUCUCCUGCAGAGUGAAAUCUUCUUGGAAGCAAAAUGGAACGACAAGAGAAAAGGCUGAGGAAUAAAUUGAGCAAGGCCAUAGGUGACAAGAACUAUGAAGAGAUUUACCAAAUUCGCUGUCGCCUCUCCGAACUGAAGCGAGAAGCCGGAAAUCCUGAUGCGGCCGUCACCGAGCUAAAGGAUUUGAUUGACGACUUGAGGAAUGACAAAAAGCAGAUGAGAGUAGCCCAAGUGCACCGACUUACUGGCGAGACCCUGAUGGACACGACAAAUGCCAGUCUUGCCGAAAAGCACUUCGAACGCUAUUUGGCUGCAGCAAAGGCUGAGGGUGAUGUGGCGGAAGAACAAAGAGCUUACGCCUCCCUUGGACGCUUCCACUUUUGCAUGGCACAGGAUUGCAAAACUGACGCGGAGAGGGAUCGCAUUCUGAAGAAGUCGCACAAGAGCAAUCUGAAAAGUUUGAGCCUGGCUAACGAGCUGGACGCAGAAGGCACCGUGUCAAAACGGGAAAUCGCACAGAUGAAAUCGAGAAUCUUCAUGAACAUUGCCCUUGCGUACGAGAUGAGUGGAAAGAUAGACGAAGCUGAGAAAUACGCAAAAUUUGCAGUUGAAACGUGCCGCAACAGUGGUUCUUCAAAUUACGAUACGGCAAUGUGCCAUAGAGUACUUGGCGUCAUUUUGAGCAAAAGGAGCCACGUCGAGGGCCUCAAGCAAAUCAGCGAAGCCUCAAAUCUAGCCUCAUCUAUAUCUGACCCAGUAGGUCGAGAUCUGCUGUUUCAAAUUCUGGAAUCGGAAGCAGAGAUUCUAUUCAGCUUGGGCAACUUCAGUCAAGCUAAGGAAUGCUUGAUCAGGGCAUACCAGUUGGAAACGACCGAGAGCAAAGAGCUGAUAGAAAGAAACCUGAAGAUUGUAAUUUAUCUCUUGAACUCCCAAGACAAGCUGAGAAACAUGGACGAGGACAACUAUCUUGAAAGGAAGAAACUAUUUGAUAAGAUGGGAGAUUAUGCUGUUGAACUAAAAGCCUUCUCCAGUGCCGUAACUUAUUACAAAAAUAUGCUUGAGUAUUCGGAAAAAUUGGGAGAUGAUUCAAAAAGCUUGAGUGCUGCCCUGGUCUCCAUCGCCAGCAGUUAUGCAGACAUGAGGAAAUAUCAGAAAGCCAUGGAGUAUUACGAGAGGGAAAAGGACCUGUGGCCUGCAAACCCGAAAGAAGAGUGCCGCAGCAGAAUGAAUCUGGCCAGUGUUUGCGAGAAGAGGAACGAUCUAGACAACCAGCUGUAUCAUUUGAAAAUGGCAAGGACUUUGGCCAUCACAUGUGAGAACAAGAGCCUGGAGUUGGAGGUUUUGCUGCUGCUGCAGAGUUAUUAUGAAAGCUACUGCACUCUUGAUAAAAUUCCGCUAGAUUUGGAAGAUGAUAUAACUAACCUAAAAAGUGAGUUAGGAAGUCAAGAAAGUGACAGCCAAAGUAUGGAUGUUGAAGAAGAGGAGGUUGCACCAGAGUACGAGAGCAUUGAUCUCAAAAGCCUGCCAGAGCUUCAGCCAAAAGAAUCAAGGGAACGGCGCACUAGAACUAAACAAGAUUACACAAAGACGAGAAAUGAAAAAGGUGAAACGAAGCUUCACACUGCUUGCAUUAAAGGAGAUUUUAAGACAGUGCAGUUUCUUGUCAAGAAUGGUCACGUCGUCAAUGUUUACGACAAUUCCGGCUGGGCACCAAUCCAUGAAGCAUCAAAUUUUGGCCAUGCAGAAAUUGUCAGUUUUCUGCUAGAUCAUGGUGCAAAAAUAAAUGAUCAGGGUAAACCAGGAAGCCUUGAAUGUGACGGAACAACCCCACUGAUUGACGCUUCUUCCAAUGGGCAUUUCACCGUGAUUGAGCUUCUUUUGGACCGAGGCGCCAAAAUUGAGUUGAGAACAGUCAAAGAGAGACUGAAUGCGCUAAAUUCCUUGGAUAAGUGGUAUACAAAAAUGAAGAAUAAAAAGGAAAUAAUUGAGGAGGAUACUGAAAGGUGCUCCAUCAUUCGAGAAAGGAUGAUCGAAUUGCUGAAAAAAGCUGGAGAGGAAAUAGAACAGCAGUCAUCUGUGGAGCCAGAGUUCACUUUUGGUACUGACGGAAAUUACUUUAAAGGAUCUGGUACUAGAUUGGCACAGCUUAGAGGCAACCGAGACACUCACUCAUCUGAUGAUGCCGACCCUGAACAAAUAUCGAUGAAAAGGAGAAAGGGCACUCAAAAAAUACUCUACUCGGAUGACGACAAUGAAGAAUUGGAUGACACUCAGCCCACCUCAUCAAGAAGAAGAUCUGUUUCCGAUGAUGAUGGAGCCGGUCCGUCUCAAAGACGACACGGCGGUCACUCAUCGGUCAAUGAAUACAGAAACGUCAUUGACAGUAUGAAGAGAAGGAACAUGCCCACACAACCAAGGGCUCCUGCUAAAUACAACACACCAGCGCUGGCUGCUUUGGUGCCUGAAGAGGAGGCGAACGUCGAGUGGCUUGAAGAUGACAUGGGUCCGAGCACUUCGAAAUCCUCAAAGAGACGGCGUUCAUCGGAAGAUAAGCCUGAACAGACGCAGCAAAAACGUAGCAAAAGAAAGAGCCAAGUCUCGACAAGCUCGUCUUCUUCUCUCGAGGAAAUUUUGCAAGAAGUGGUGCCAGACAUUCCUCCUUUUGAAGAUGUUACAUAUCACUAUGUCAGUCAGGACUCUGAGUCGUCAAGUGCAGAAGAGGAAAUUGUGCCCAUAAGGCCAUUUAGGAGAAUUUCCCCAACAAAGAAAAGCCCAAGUAAAAGGCAUAGAAUCAUCAAAAGUCCGAAUGUGCCUCAAGCAAAGCCUUCUCCCAAAAAGCUAUUUGAAACGGACGAAAGUAUAAGCGUGAGAGCCAAGAUUGAAGGGAAAAUAUUUUUGGUUCCUAUCAGCAGCAGAGAUAUUUCCAUUGGUGGGGUUGCGGAGAAAAUUGCCGAGAGAUACAUGAAAAUGGAAGGAAUGGAGCCAAAGUUGACCCUGACAAGGUCUGAUGGAGCAAUUUUGUCACCCGAUGAUCCAUUAAGUGUAAUUCUAAAGUCGAGUGAGACUGAAGUGGACGUUUGUGCUUUGGUCGACUCGCUGGUCCUUCCCCCACUGUCAAAACGAUAUGCAGAAGCAUGCAAAUUAGAGAAAGUUGAGGAGGAUGAGCAUAUUAUACAGUGCCUCGAGGCAUCUCAGGCUACACUUCAGUUGGUUUUGAAAAAUUUGCCUCUUGGUCCACAAGCAGUUCCUAUCUUGAAAGCAAUUCAGAAGGAAACUUCUCUGCAGACAAUUGACUUUUCAGGUUGUGGACUUGAAGACUCUGGAUUGGAGCUCCUGAAUAAUGCUCUUGGCUCAUUUGAAAAUCUCCAAAGUUUGAAUCUCUCAUGCAACUAUAUCACAUCCAAGGGAUUGGAAUCGAUGGGGAAAAAAGUAGAAGAAACCAGAUCAUUGAAGGGUCUAAAAAACUUGGAUCUGAGUUGCAACAUGAUUGGUGAGGAGGGCUUAAAACCACUUGCUGCUCUGCUUGAUUGUCUGGAACUGACCUCCCUGAACUUGAGCGACUGCGAACUUGAAGUGCCUAGAAGUCAUUCCUUCUCUGACAUACCAUUCCUAGCUUUGGAUGCUGUUGAAGAGCUGGACGUCAGCUACAAUCCUCUGGGAAACCAUGGAAUUUCAUAUCUCUUUGGAAGACUGAAUGCCUGGAAUUUAAAGAAGCUCAAUCUUUCAUACUCAUGUGCACUGCCUGUUGAAGAGGAAAAUGAUGGAGAUUCAGUUGCUAAAGAGUUGGAACUACUUUUCCUCAAAAUCGUGGUAGCUGGAGAAAGAGGUGGUGUAAUAGACGAGCUCAACUUAUCUGGCUGCAACUUAAAAGAUCAAAAUAUUUUGGAGUUGCUAAGCUCUGCUAAUGACAAAGGCAUUGCUAUUGAGCACAUCGUCAUAUCAAACAAUGCAGACCUCACGUCCGACAGCCUUCUGACCAUUUCCAGCCACUACCCUCUGAUUAAGAAAAUCACUGCAACGGGAUGCCCAAACUUGUAUGAUAAAAGUGUCACGUUAUCUGACAAAAUUGAGACUCUCAGCAUUUGUGUCAGUUCUGUAAAUCUGCCUCAACUGCCAGGGACUGUAAUGCAUGGGCCUGCAGGUUAUGUACAAGUUGUGUAAAUAAUAUAUUCAAUUCUUGUUAAUAAAUUAUAGAUUUAUUGAAGA